AGUAUUUGAACGCAUCAACGUACACAGCGUCCCACCGGUGUUGCGUUCAGGUUCGCUUAGCUCGUACUAACGGCUAAGUUUUUCUCUUAACAUGGAUUAAAAUAACACGUGGCUGUUUCUGUGAAUAAUGCCUUUAUGAAGCUUUCUUUUUUUAAAUGGAUUUUGUUGUUUUAAUGUUUCGUAGUUAAAGCUAGCUAACGAUAACCUGUAGCUACCUCUCAGGUGACGCCUCCUCUGUGUGGUUGGUAUCAAAGUUCAACCCCAGUUUAUGUUAGGUUAGCUUCUUAUGUGAAAGUUCGCCGGGUUAAAGGAAGCAAAAUGAAUCCAGCAACAGAAACAACCCAGGAAACCUCAAAAUCUGCUGUUCCUUCUCCGGUUAACGCCGAAGAUCAACGAAAGAGGGCGAAAGUUAUUAACGUGGUUUAUAUAAUUGCUGCCUUGGAUAUCACAUGGAUGUUUUUGCAGUUUUCUGUCACCCCUUAUUUGGCAAAGAAACUUGGCUUCGACACCUUGUGGUUUGGUUACUUACAAACCACGGUAGGUGUGAUCCAGCUGCUCGGGGGUCCCAUGUUUGGAAGGUUUGCAGAUCUCUUUGGAGCACGGGUCGCCUUGUCUCUCGCGUGUUCUUCAACAGUAGUUUUCUUUCUGCUGCUGGCCAUAGCGGACCAUCCUGCCAUGCUGUUCAUACAUAAACUCCCCACAGUCUUCAUGCACGUCCUACCUGCGUCUCAGAUGGUCGUCGCAGACCUUUCAGAACCUAACAAACGGGCUGAUGCUUUAUCCAAACUCGGUCUGUGUUUUGGGAUCGGUAUGAUAGCUGGCUCUACGCUGGGCGGGCAUCUGAACACACGCUUCGGGGAGACCUUCACAGCAUGUUUUGGUGCUGCGGGGAGUGCCGUCAGUUUGCUGCUGGUUUUAAAGUUUAUCCCGAAUUCUACCAAAUCUCCAUCUUCAGCUGCCAGCACAAAAACUGAGAAUACAAAGAAAUCAGUGUUCAAUCUUGGAGAAAUCACCAGACUGAUGAAGUUUCCCGGUGUGACGCCAACUUUUCUUGUGAAGAUCAUUUCAGGUUUACCAUCAGGUAUUUUCCAGGUGAUGUUCUCCAUCAUUGCGCUGGAGUUUUUUAAGCUGGAACCUCAGCAGAACGGUUAUCUGAUGGCUUAUUUUGGCAUCUCUCAAAUGGUCAUGCAGGGAGUGGUGAUCGGUCGCCUCACAGCGAGGUACUCUGAUAACUCGCUGCUGCUGAUGUCCAUUGGGGUGUCCUCUUUGGUUGGACUGGCUCAGGCUUACAUGCAGGAUGUGUUCCAGUUCUGCAUCAUCGUCAUCCCCAUGAUGUUUUCUCUCAGCGUGUUCGGUGUCAUCACCGACAGCAUGCUCACCAAGAGCGUACCGUCCUCUGAUACAGGCACAAUGAUGGGACUGUGUGCGUCCGUCCAAUCUCUCCUCCGCACAGUGGGACCAACAGUCGGCGGCUUCCUGUAUGUGAACUACGGCAUCUCAUCUAUAGGUUUAAUCCAGUUUUUUGUGAACAUCUGUGUGUUUGUAUUCAUGCUGCAGCGUCCCCUCAGGAGGGCAACAGAGCAUUUGGAAUGAAAACACUCUUUAGAAAACCUCCCCUUCAUCUCCUGUCUGUCCAUUAGAGGAGAUGUAAAACAGCUGAUUUCAGGAACAAUCAUUUCUACAGAUAUUUAUAUUCAAAGUCCUCUGUGUCAGUUGUUAACGAGGUAAGGACAAGUCAUUUCACUUUUCCAUUUAGUGAGUGUUUUGCUCUGUUGGUAAAUCGUUGCUGAUUCAUGACCAAACCACUAGGUGGCAGCAAACCCUCCAGUUUUAUACAUGUUUUUAAGGGUUCAUCAUUCCCAGAGGAGAGGCACUUUACAUAAAUGUUUGUUGAUGCUGAGAUUUUUUAAAUAAUAUCAGAAAUGAUCCAAAGUGGA